AUGCUUCGCACGCCCAAGCCUCGUAAUGCCCGGAGCAAACGGGCGAUGGAAGCUCGUGCGCCCCGAGACUACGAAGCAGCCAAAAAGGCCAUCUUUGUUACGGGUCCUCAUUCAUCUCGUCUUGUCAGCUUGGCCUUCAAGGAUCUGGCAGCGCUCAAGAAACCAGACAAUAUACAAUUCAACAAGAAGAACGAUUGCCUGCCGUUCGAAUCCUCCGGGACAGAGAGUCUGGAAUUCUGGAGCGGCAAGAAUGACGCAAGCUUGUUCAUCGUAGGAAAUCACCAGAAGAAGAGAAAAGACAAUCUGAUAUGGGCGAGGUGUUUCGAUGGGAAGGUGCUUGAUCUGCUCGAGAUGGGCGUGCUGCAAGGCAAGGCUAUCGCAGAAUUCAAGGUAAGCUCGAAUGGGCAGCUAUCGACUGGUUGAAUGCGUUGCCGAGCCGCCUCUGCUAUGUUUCUCACUGUUCCAUUUUCUUGCCGCUUCGGCGUUCCAUCAGUCGCCGUUCUCCCCAACAAUUGGUUCUAGACCACUCUUCCACUUCUCGGGUCCCCACUUCUCGCCGGAAGAUAGCACAGUCGAUGCAGACGCACCAUUCAGUGGAGCCCUGUCCAUGUGUAACUCUGGCAUUCAUGCAUCUUUUCAGCACCUCAAAUCCUUGCUGAUCGAUUUUUACAGGGGCGAAGAAGCACCGCCUGCCUCCGGACCGGGCGCUGUUCCGGGCGCCGCCGGCAACUCUAUAGCACUCAGGAAUGGAUUGCAGCACAUCAUCUGUGUCACCGAGGGACCCGAAUUGGAACUUGGCGGGGCAGAUGCACCUCAUAGCGAUCCCGAUCUAGCCAAGCUGUAUGCCGCAGGGGCUGCACAAGUCAAGGGCUCCAACUCACCAGCAGACAUCGACACGAGCGCAUCCGGCCGAGUAGUCUAUUUCAGGGUCUAUGCUCCUCGACCAGCCGUAAAGACUCAGUCGGGCGCGACACCAAAGAUUGAGCUGCACGAGGUUGGACCUUCUUUUGAUUUCGUGCUGAGGAGGAGGCGACCGGCUGAUGCGACACGAUUGACCAAUGCCCUCAAGAGACCCAGGACUGCUGCUAUGAGCAAUAAGCAGGGCACGACAAAGAGGAAGAAUAUCCUCACGGAUGAUAUGGGUGACAUGCUCGGCAGGGUUCACAUGGAGAGGCAGGAUCUCGGCAAGUUGCAGACCAGGAAAAUGAAGGGUCUAAAGAGGGGCAGAGGAGAAGACGAUGAGGAAGACGAUGACGAGGUCGGCGAUGAGGACGAGAGCGAGGACGUGGUGGGUUCUGGCGAAGAAGGCUUUGACGAGGAUGACAUGAGGGCGGUUGUGGAUGGUGAAGACGAAGACGAGGAAUGA